GAGACAAAGCUUUUGUUGAAUUUCUUACUGAUGAAAUUAAAGAAGAAAGAAAAAUUCAGAAGCAUAAGUCCCUUCCCAAGAUGUCUGGGGGCUGGGAGCUGGAAGUGGACGGGACAGAAGCUAAGUUAGUGCGGAAAGUCGCUGGGGAAAAAAUCACCGUCACUUUCAACAUUAACAAUAGCAUCCCACCAACACUAGAUAUUGAGGAGCAGCCCUCAGAGGGGCAAAAGGCUGAAGAACAAGAGCCUGAACUGACAUCAACUCCCAAUUUUGUGGUGGAAGUUACCAAGAGUGAUGGCAAGAAGGCCCUUGUGCUGGACUGUCACUAUUCAGAGGAUGAGGUGGGAGAAGAGGAGGAGGCUGAGAGUGACAUUUUCUCCAUCAAGGAAGUUAGCUUUCAGGCCACAGGCGAGUCUGAUUGGAAGGACACUAAUUACACACUGAACACAGAUUCCUUGGACUGGGCCUUGUAUGACCACCUAAUGGAUUUCCUCGCUGACCGCGGAGUGGACAACACCUUUGCAGAUGAGCUGGUGGAGCUCAGCACAGCCCUGGAGCAUCAAGAGUACAUUACUUUUCUCGAAGACCUCAAAAGCUUUAUCAAGAGCCAAUAGAAUUAGAGACACUCAAGGCCUUAAUUUUAUGGCAGACUUCGGUCAGAGAAUAAAACCCACCCUGACCCCAGACACCUGUACUUUGCAGUGGUUAUCAUCCUAACAUCAUGGGGAAAAAAUAGCAAGUUUAAAUUA